GACUUCCACUUUUCUUUUUUUUUUUAAUUUCUUUUUUUUUAUAAUUUUAAUUUAAUCUGUUUUUUUUUCUUUUUCUUUUGGUGAACAUGGACGUUGAAUAUGAUAGCCAGAUUCACACACUAAUCUCCUUUCCCUCAAUUAUUUCUUCUCCUCUUGGCGUGAGAUUUGAGAUGAAUUGUGUUUGAAUGUUUGGUGGUGGGUGUGGAGGAGAUGGACCGGAGAAGCUGGUUAUGGCGGAGAAAGUCAUCUGAGAAAAGUCCUGGCGAGACAGAGAGUACAGGCUCACUCUCUUCUCAUUCUGAAAGAUUCUCAGACGAUCAGAGAUCUCACUCACCGGAAUUAAUAUCUAAACCUGUAACAAGAGAAGAAGAAAAAGAACUAGAAGAAGAAGAAGAAGAAGAAGAAGAAGAGGCAACGGCGGAUAUCAAGAUUCUAACGGAGAGGCUCUCUGCAGCUCUUUUAAACGUCAGUUUAAAAGACGACCUUGCCAAGCAGCAUGCCAAAGUCGCAGAGGAAGCUGUCGCAGGUUGGGAGAAGGCAGAGAACGAAGCUGCGGCUCUGAAGCAACAGCUUGAUGCUUCUUUAACCAAGGUCUCUGCUCUUGAGGAUCGAAACACUCAUCUCGAUAGUGCACUCAAGGAAUGUGUGAGGCAACUCUGGCAAGGAAGAGAAGAGCAAAACCAAAAGAUUGAAGAAGCUAUAAACAAGAAAUGCACAGAGUGGGAAGCUGCAAAGUCUGAACUUGAAUCCCGAAUCCAGGAGCUCCAAGCCAGACUUGGAACUGCUUCAGUUCAGGAAGAAGACCUCUACCCGAAAAUCGAGGCUCUAGAGAAAGAGAACUCAGCUCUGAAGCAACAACUACUCUCAAUAGCAGAAGAGGUUAAGAUACUAACUCUUGAGAGGGACUUGAGCACUCAAGCAGCUGAAUCCGCCAGUAAACAGCACUUGGAAGGGAUUAAAAAGUUGACUAGACUCGAAGUAGAAUGCAGGAAACUGAGAGUCAUGGUUCAGAGAUCUGUCAAGUCAAAUGAGCUCAAGUCUUCUACAGAUAACCAAUCAGACUACUCAGGGAGAUUCUCUUUUAGUGAUAAUGAAGUGCAGAGUCCUACUCAGAGGUCUAUUGGGAAGACUACCAUGGCUCCUCCAGUAGAUAUCGGUUUAAUGGAUGAUUUUCUUGAGAUGGAGAAGCUCGCUUCUAUGCCGCAUUCUGAACCUGGAAGAAAACAUUCAGAGAGUAAACCUGAUGCGCAAUCAAGGCAGCUAAAACAUGAACUUGAAACCUCACUUCAGAGAAUUUCUGAGUUAGAGGAAAAAGUAGAAAUGGUAGAGGUGGAGAAACUGCAGUUGGAGAUGGCUUUGAAUGAAUCCAAAGAGCAAGUGGAGGCACUGCAGAGUCAACUGAUGGAGACUGAGGAGAAGUUAUCCAAGUUGAAGAAACUGGAACCAAGAACUCAAGAUCUAGAGUUGUCAUUGGAUGAAUCUAAGAAGCAGAUUCAUGAUCUUCAAAGACAGCUAAACAAAACACAAGCGGAUAAGUCAAAACUAGAGACCACAAGAGCAGAAAACAAUGAUCUAGAGCUGUUGCUGAGUGAAUCCGGGAGUCAAAUUCAAGAUCUCCAAAAGCAGCUAAAUAAGGCACAGGUGAAUCUGUCAGAGCUAGAGACUAUAAGAGCAGAGAAGCUGGAACUGACCAUAUGUUUAAACGGGACAAAGAAGCAGCUGGAGACAUCGCAAAGCCGGUUAAAGGAAACAGAGAGAAAGCUAACGGAGGUUCAGACUCUACUGCGUCUGACAAAGGAUGCAAAAGAAGCGGCUGAGGAUGGUGUAAAAGCUGCAAACGCUAAAGCAGAAGCGGUUGAGUCCAGACUCAGAGAUGUUGAAGCAGAAGCGGAAUCUUUGAUCUUGAAGAUCGGAUCUUUGGAAAAGAGUAUAGAGAAGGAACGUGUGUUAUCAGCAAAACACAUUUCAAAGUGUGAAGAACUACAAGAUGAGAUCUCAAAGCUAAAACAUGAACUUGAGUAUCAUGGAGAAGGAGAGCAUGAGCCUAAUCAUGUGAGAGCUUUUGAUGAUGAUUAUAAGCUGAAACAGGAGAAGGAACUAGCAGUGGCUGCCUCAAAAUUUGCAGAGUGCCAGAGAACUAUUGCUUCACUGGGUCAGAGAUUACAGUCACUUGCUACACUUGAAGAUUUCUUGAUUGAACCUUGAGGAGUAGCUCUAUGAUCAGAAUCUUGAUCAUUCCCAUGAAUAGACAAUGAAGUCUGAAUGAAGAGAAGUUGAAUCUCUCUGCUAAGGAAACUUGGAACCAUAUCCAUGAAUACAAGUGUAGAGGACACAUGAACAACUGGGAAGGCUAAGCCAAAAGAGGGUUGAGAUACAUAUGUCAAUAGAACACUAAGGGAAAGAAAAUGGAUAUAGUUUUUUUUUCUUUCAUUUUAUUUUUAUAAAUUAUCCAUUCAAUCUC